AUGGCCCCUCACGCUGAUACCGGCGCUAAUGGGAAUGCACUCAACGGGCACGGCCAGGCGGGCCAACCGCAGGGUGAUCUAUUUACCGUCAAUUCACCCCAUGUGGUCUACACGGAUGAAUCAAUCACAUCAUCUUAUGUGUAUCGCACCACUAAAGUGACUAAGACCCCCAGUGGAAACCUUGAGGCUACACCUUUCGAAACUAAGUAUGAUUUCAAGGUUGAACGGUGUAUACCGAAGGUUGGAUUAAUGCUUGUUGGGUGGGGUGGUAACAACGGAUCGACCGUGACUGCCGGGAUCAUUGCGAACCGUAAAAAUCUCUCUUGGCCUACUCGUGAGGGCACCCAGAAGGCAAACUACUACGGGUCUGUGCUCAUGAGCUCAACGGUCAAGCUCGGUAACGAUGGGAUCACUGGUGAUGAUGUCAAUGUUCCCUUCCAUAAGCUCCUCCCCAUGAUCCACCCUAAUGACCUAGUUCUCGGCGGCUGGGAUAUUAGCAGCAUGAACCUGGCUGACGCCAUGGACCGGGCUCAAGUUCUCGAGCCUACCUUGAAACUGUUGGUGCGCAAGGAAAUGGAGCAGAUGAAACCUUUGCCAUCGAUCUAUUAUCCAGAUUUCAUCGCAUCCAACCAAGGAGACCGCGCAGACAACGUUCUCCCAGGCGGUUCUGCACGUCAGGAGCACCUAGACAAAAUCAGGACGGAUAUACGUGACUUUAAACUAAAAAACGCUCUAGAUAAAGUCAUUGUCCUGUGGACCGCAAACACCGAGCGUUACGCUGAUAUCAUUCCCGGGGUCAAUGAUACGGCCAACAAUAUUCUUACAGCCAUAAAGGCGGGUCACGAUGAAAUAUCUCCUUCGAGCAUCUUUGCUGCUGCAUGUAUCCUCGAAGGGGUUCCAUUCAUUAACGGCUCUCCUCAAAACACCUUUGUACCUGGAAUUAUCAGUCUUGCAGAGAUUCACAAGAGCUAUAUUGGAGGGGAUGACUUCAAAUCCGGUCAGACUAAGAUGAAGUCAGCGUUGGUGGACUUUCUGAUUUCUGCAGGAAUCAAACUCACGUCCAUCGCAAGCUACAACCACCUUGGAAACAAUGAUGGAAAGAACUUAGCAGAGCAAAAACAAUUCAGAUCGAAGGAGAUCUCAAAAUCCAAUGUAGUCGAUGACAUGGUUGCCGCCAAUCACAUUCUCUAUGCUGAAGGGGAGCAUCCCGAUCAUACUGUCGUGAUCAAAUACAUGCCUGCUGUGGGUGACCAUAAGCGGGCGCUUGACGAGUACUACGGGGAGCUUUUUAUGGGUGGACGCCAGACAAUCUCAAUUUUUAACGUCUGCGAGGAUUCACUUCUUGCCUCGCCACUCAUCAUAGAUCUUGCUUUGGUUACUGAGAUGAUGACUCGCAUUUCCUGGAAGAAUAGCUCCGAUGACGAGUACAGAAACUUUCACCCAGUUCUUAGUAUUCUAAGUUUCAUGCUUAAGGCGCCAUUGACGCCCCCAGGAACACCAGUGGUCAAUGCUCUAGCUAAACAACGGAAUGCAUUGUGCAAUAUUUUCCGAGCUUGUGUGGGUUUGCAACCUGAGUCCGAUAUGACUUUGGAACACAAGCUGCUUUAA